GCGCCAUGUCCGGUAAUAUUGUAUUACAUGCCGUCCGUUGAUGCGCGUUGGCUUGGUAAUAAUGUUUAAUUUUGCAUGUAAUUGAGAAUUUUUACAUAAAAAUGUCGAUUCCACCGUACUUGCUGGGUCCAAAUCCAUGGGCCACCAUGAUGGCCCAGCAGCAGGCUCAUGCCCAACUAGCAGCUGCUCAAGCUCAUGCUCAAGCAGCAGCUCAUGCGCAAGCAGCCCAUCAUGCCCACAUGCAAGCAAUAGCAGGGCCUCCAUUACCACAAAUGCCUAAACAGCCCGAAGUUUUGUCCGAGGACAAACUUCAAGAAAAAGCUCAAAAGUGGCAACAACUUCAGUCAAAAAGGUUCGCUGAAAAAAGAAAGUUUGGCUUUGUGGAUGCUCAAAAAGAAGAUAUGCCACCAGAACAUAUAAGAAAAAUUAUUAGAGACCAUGGGGAUAUGAGUAGUCGCAAAUACAGACACGACAAACGUGUUUAUUUAGGAGCAUUGAAAUACAUGCCUCAUGCGGUAAUGAAAUUGUUGGAAAACAUGCCAAUGCCUUGGGAACAAAUUCGAGAUGUAAAAGUGUUGUAUCAUAUUACGGGUGCGAUUACGUUUGUGAAUGAAAUUCCGUGGGUUAUAGAACCUGUAUAUAUUGCUCAAUGGGGAACAAUGUGGAUUAUGAUGCGGAGAGAAAAAAGGGAUCGCAGACAUUUCAAAAGAAUGCGAUUUCCGCCGUUCGACGAUGAAGAACCUCCGUUAGAUUACGCGGACAAUGUUUUAGACGUUGAACCAUUGGAAGCUAUACAGAUCGAACUUGAUUCGGAGGAAGAUGAAUCUGUGGCAUCUUGGUUUUAUGAACAUAAACCAUUGGUUGGUACGAAACACGUAAAUGGAUCGACUUAUCGACGAUGGAAUUUGACGUUACCACAGAUGGCGACAUUGUAUCGUUUGGCUAAUCAAUUGUUGACGGAUUUAGUGGACCAAAAUUUCUUUUAUCUCUUCGAUCCAAAAUCAUUCUUCACCGCUAAAGCUUUAAAUAUGGCCAUACCCGGUGGUCCGAAGUUCGAACCACUGGUGAAGGAUUCAAAUGCAGCCGAUGAAGACUGGAACGAGUUCAACGACAUAAAUAAGAUUAUAAUUCGGCAACCUAUAAGAACAGAAUAUCGCAUCGCGUUUCCUUAUUUGUACAAUAAUAUGCCGCAUUUUGUACACUUAUCGUGGUAUCAUGCACCAAACGUAGUUUAUAUAAAAACAGAAGAUCCUGAUUUACCUGCGUUUUAUUUUGAUCCAUUGAUCAAUCCUAUUUCGCACAGGAACUCGUUGAAGACUGUCGAACCACAAAUUGAGGACGAUGAAGACUUUGUGCUGCCAGAAGAAGUACAGCCGUUCCUUCAAGAAACGCCUCUCUAUACCGAUAACACGGCGAACGGUAUAGCUUUGCUAUGGGCGCCAAGGCCGUUUAACACUCGUUCCGGUAGAACGAGAAGAGCCAUUGACAUUCCUUUGGUGAAAUCUUGGUACAGAGAACACUGUCCACCGGGACAACCUGUUAAAGUUCGGGUCAGCUAUCAGAAACUGCUAAAAUACUUUGUUUUGAACGCCUUAAAGCACAGACCCCCGAAGCCACAGAAGAAACGUUAUUUGUUCCGGUCAUUUAAAUCGACAAAAUUCUUUCAAACCACCACGAUAGAUUGGGUCGAAGCUGGUCUACAAGUAUGUCGACAGGGAUACAAUAUGUUGAAUUUACUUAUUCACAGAAAGAAUUUGAAUUACCUUCACUUGGAUUACAAUUUCAAUUUGAAACCUGUUAAAACUCUGACCACUAAGGAAAGAAAGAAAUCUAGGUUUGGAAACGCAUUUCACUUGUGUCGUGAAAUUCUCCGUUUAACAAAAUUGAUCAUCGAUUCUCACGUACAGUAUCGUUUGAAUAACGUUGAUGCGUUUCAACUUGCGGACGGAUUACAGUACAUUUUUGCGCACGUUGGUCAGUUGACUGGAAUGUACAGAUAUAAGUACAAAUUGAUGAGGCAAAUUAGAAUGUGCAAAGACUUGAAGCAUUUGAUUUAUUAUCGUUUCAACACGGGUCCCGUUGGAAAAGGUCCUGGUUGUGGCUUCUGGGCACCGGGUUGGAGAGUAUGGCUCUUCUUUAUGAGAGGAAUAACUCCGUUGCUGGAAAGAUGGUUGGGGAACUUGUUGUCCAGGCAAUUUGAAGGACGGCAUUCGAAGGGCGUCGCGAAAACUGUAACGAAGCAACGUGUAGAGUCGCAUUUCGAUCUUGAAUUACGAGCGUCAGUUAUGCACGAUAUCGUGGACAUGAUGCCGGAGGGAAUCAAACAGAAUAAAGCACGAACAAUCCUUCAGCAUCUCAGUGAAGCCUGGAGAUGUUGGAAAGCCAAUAUUCCUUGGAAGGUCCCUGGGUUACCGAUUCCCAUUGAGAAUAUGAUUCUCCGUUACGUGAAAAUGAAGGCUGACUGGUGGACCAAUACAGCGCAUUACAAUCGAGAACGUAUCAGACGUGGAGCGACCGUGGAUAAAACCGUCUGUAAAAAGAAUCUCGGACGUCUGACUCGAUUAUAUCUUAAAGCGGAACAGGAACGCCAGCACAAUUAUUUGAAGGACGGUCCGUACAUCUCCCCGGAAGAGGCAGUAGCCAUAUAUACCACGACCGUGCAUUGGUUAGAAUCCAGACGGUUUGCUCCUAUACCCUUCCCGCCCCUUUCAUAUAAACACGACACCAAACUGUUGAUAUUAGCUCUGGAACGAUUGAAGGAAGCGUACAGCGUCAAGUCGCGAUUGAAUCAAAGUCAACGCGAAGAACUCGGUUUAAUCGAACAAGCGUAUGAUAACCCCCACGAAGCGUUGUCCAGAAUCAAGCGUCACCUUUUGACACAGCGAGCAUUUAAAGAGGUGGGAAUCGAAUUUAUGGAUCUUUACAGUCAUCUGAUUCCCGUGUACGAUGUGGAACCACUUGAGAAAAUUACGGACGCUUACUUGGACCAGUAUCUGUGGUACGAAGCGGACAAGCGAAGGUUAUUCCCACCGUGGGUGAAACCCUCGGAUACGGAACCACCGCCGUUGCUGGUUUAUAAAUGGUGUCAAGGUAUCAAUAAUUUGCAAGACGUCUGGGACGUCAGUGAGGGAGAGUGUAACGUCCUAUUGGAGUCCAAGUUUGAGAAGUUAUACGAGAAAAUUGAUUUGACGUUAUUGAACAGACUUCUCAGGUUGAUUGUCGAUCAUAACAUAGCCGAUUACAUGACCGCAAAGAACAACGUUGUCAUAAAUUACAAGGAUAUGAACCAUACAAACAGUUACGGAAUCAUCAGGGGGUUACAGUUUGCGUCGUUCAUAGCACAGUAUUAUGGUCUUGUGUUGGAUCUGCUUGUUCUCGGGCUGCAAAGAGCCAGCGAAAUGGCUGGUCCGCCUCAGAUGCCGAACGACUUUUUGACUUUCCAAGACGUAGCCUCUGAAACUGCACAUCCUAUCCGAUUAUACUGCAGAUACGUGGAUAGGAUACAUUUGUUUUUGAGGUUCUCCGCUGAUGAAGCAAGAGAUUUAAUUCAAAGAUACUUGACGGAACAUCCAGACCCUAACAACGAGAAUAUUGUUGGCUACAACAAUAAAAAAUGUUGGCCCCGAGACGCGCGAAUGCGACUUAUGAAGCACGACGUGAAUUUGGGUCGUGCAGUAUUUUGGGAUAUUAAGAAUCGUUUGCCCCGUUCCACGACCACGAUUCAAUGGGAGAACAGUUUCGUCAGCGUGUACAGCAAAGAUAAUCCAAAUUUGCUGUUUAAUAUGAGCGGUUUCGAGUGUCGUAUAUUGCCGAAAUGCAGAACCACCCACGAGGAAUUCACCCACCGCGACGGCGUGUGGAAUUUACAAAAUGAAAUCACGAAAGAGAGAACCGCCCAGUGUUUUCUAAGAGUAGACGACGAGAGUUUGCAACGGUUCCACAACAGGGUCCGGCAGAUUCUCAUGGCCUCCGGUUCGACAACGUUCACGAAAAUCGUUAACAAGUGGAACACGGCUUUAAUUGGACUGAUGACGUAUUUCCGGGAAGCGGUGGUGAACACGCAGGAACUGUUGGAUCUGUUGGUCAAGUGUGAGAAUAAAAUUCAGACGCGUAUCAAGAUCGGGCUUAACUCGAAAAUGCCGUCGCGUUUCCCGCCGGUGGUGUUUUACACGCCGAAAGAAUUGGGCGGAUUGGGAAUGCUUUCGAUGGGCCACGUGCUGAUACCUCAGUCCGACUUGAGAUGGUCCAAACAGACCGACGUCGGUAUCACGCAUUUCCGUUCCGGUAUGAGUCACGACGAGGACCAGCUGAUUCCGAAUUUGUAUCGGUACAUUCAGCCCUGGGAAUCGGAAUUCAUCGAUUCGCAACGCGUUUGGGCGGAAUACGCGUUGAAACGGCAGGAGGCUAACGCACAAAAUCGUAGACUCACGUUGGAAGAUCUCGAGGACAGUUGGGAUCGUGGUAUACCCAGGAUAAAUACUCUAUUCCAGAAAGACAGGCACACCCUUGCGUACGACAAGGGUUGGCGGAUACGCACGGAAUUCAAGCAGUAUCAGGUAUUGAAGCAGAAUCCAUUCUGGUGGACUCAUCAACGUCACGACGGCAAACUGUGGAACUUGAACAAUUAUAGAACCGAUAUGAUCCAAGCACUCGGCGGCGUGGAAGGUAUUCUGGAGCAUACACUGUUCAAGGGAACGUAUUUCCCAACUUGGGAAGGUCUUUUCUGGGAGAAAGCGUCCGGUUUCGAGGAGUCGAUGAAAUACAAGAAAUUAACGAACGCCCAGAGAUCUGGUCUGAAUCAGAUUCCAAAUCGACGAUUCACGCUGUGGUGGUCGCCGACCAUCAACAGAGCAAACGUGUACGUUGGUUUCCAGGUGCAACUGGAUCUGACGGGCAUAUUUAUGCACGGUAAGAUCCCGACUUUGAAGAUUUCAUUAAUUCAGAUUUUCCGUGCUCACUUGUGGCAGAAGGUGCAUGAGUCAAUCGUCAUGGAUCUAUGCCAAGUUUUCGAUCAAGAAUUGGACGCUCUGGAAAUCGAGACUGUUCAGAAGGAAACCAUACAUCCCAGAAAGUCUUACAAAAUGAACUCUUCUUGCGCUGACAUUUUACUGUUCUCCGCAUACAAAUGGAACGUCUCGAGGCCGUCUUUGCUCGCCGAUUCCAAGGAUCUAAUGGAUAACACUACCACGCAGAAAUACUGGAUAGAUGUGCAACUUCGAUGGGGCGAUUACGAUUCUCACGACAUCGAGAGAUACGCUAGAGCAAAGUUUUUGGACUACACCACCGACAAUAUGUCGAUUUAUCCGUCCCCUACGGGAUUACUGAUCGCCAUCGAUUUGGCGUACAAUUUGCACAGUGCUUACGGAAACUGGUUCCCAGGUUGUAAGCCUCUUAUACAGCAAGCAAUGGCGAAGAUCAUGAAAGCAAAUCCGGCGUUGUACGUCUUACGUGAACGUAUCAGAAAAGCGUUGCAACUGUACUCUUCCGAACCCACGGAACCGUACCUGUCGUCGCAGAAUUACGGAGAACUUUUCUCGAAUCAAAUUAUCUGGUUCGUCGACGACACGAACGUUUAUCGCGUUACAAUUCACAAAACGUUUGAGGGCAACUUAACCACCAAGCCCAUAAACGGAGCGAUUUUCAUCUUUAAUCCUCGUACCGGGCAACUGUUCUUAAAAAUCAUUCACACCUCCGUUUGGGCUGGUCAAAAGCGUUUGGGCCAGUUGGCCAAAUGGAAAACCGCCGAGGAGGUAGCCGCGCUGAUUCGAUCUUUGCCGGUGGAAGAGCAACCGAAGCAAAUCAUCGUAACCCGAAAGGGAAUGUUGGAUCCAUUGGAAGUGCAUCUGCUCGACUUUCCUAACAUUGUUAUUAAGGGAUCGGAGCUUCAGUUACCGUUCCAAGCGUGCUUGAAAGUCGAGAAAUUCGGCGAUCUAAUUUUGAAAGCGACCGAACCGCAAAUGGUGUUGUUCAAUUUGUAUGACGAUUGGUUGAAGACCAUCUCAUCCUACACGGCAUUUUCGCGGUUGAUCCUUAUUCUUCGGGCGUUGCACGUGAACACCGAGAGGACAAAGGUUGUAUUGAAGCCUGACAAGACAACUAUAACGGAACCCCAUCAUAUAUGGCCCUCUUUGACGGACGACGAAUGGAUUAAGGUCGAAGUACAGUUGAAAGAUCUUAUACUGGCGGAUUAUGGUAAAAAGAACAACGUGAACGUGGCGUCGUUGACUCAGUCGGAAAUCCGAGAUAUCAUUCUGGGUAUGGAAAUCAGCGCACCGUCCGCUCAACGUCAACAGAUUGCUGAAAUAGAGAAACAGACGAAAGAACAGUCGCAGCUUACAGCGACCACCACGAGGACGGUGAACAAACACGGUGACGAAAUCAUUACCGCGACCACGUCCAAUUACGAAACGCAGACGUUCAGUUCGAAGACCGAAUGGCGAGUUCGAGCAAUCUCUGCCACGAACUUGCAUCUUCGAACAAAUCAUAUAUACGUGUCGUCCGAUGAUAUAAAAGAAACAGGUUACACUUACAUAUUGCCAAAGAAUGUUCUCAAGAAAUUCGUCACGAUAUCAGACUUACGAGCACAGAUCGCAGGAUAUCUGUAUGGUAUCAGUCCACCCGACAAUCCUCAAGUGAAAGAAAUCAGAUGCAUAGUGAUGGCUCCGCAAUGGGGAACACAUCAAACUGUACAUUUGCCCAACACGCUUCCGAAUCACCAAUAUUUGAAGGAAAUGGAACCUCUUGGUUGGAUUCACACUCAACCCAAUGAAUUGCCACAGCUGUCGCCACAGGAUAUAUCCACGCACGCUCGAGUAAUGGCAGAAAAUCCAAUCUGGGAUGGAGAAAAGACGAUCGUGAUUACUUGCAGUUUCACUCCAGGAUCUUGUUCUCUUACAGCGUACAAGUUGACACCUAGUGGCUUCGAAUGGGGAAAACAGAACACCGACAAAGGAAAUAAUCCUAAAGGUUACCUACCGAGUCAUUACGAAAAAGUACAAAUGCUGUUGUCCGAUCGAUUCCUCGGUUUCUUUAUGGUCCCGAGUCAAGGAUCUUGGAACUACAAUUUCAUGGGGGUGAGGCACGAUCCGAACAUGAAGUACGAACUACAAUUGGCGAAUCCAAAAGAAUUUUAUCACGAAAUUCACCGACCCGCUCACUUCUUAAACUUUUCGAGUCUGGAAGAUGGUGAAGGUGUAGGAGCCGACCGAGAAGAUGUAUACGCCUAAAGAGAAACGGCAGGACGAAGGAGGAAAACGUUAAAGCGACGUUACCACUUCCGACGACUGAGUCCAUUUGAAGUUAAACCGUGUACCUAUGGUGUAAUGAACUGCAAUUAAUUGUCGCAAAAACAGUUUUUAAUAAUGAGAUGUUGUCACCCGUAUGUAUAUGUACCCAAGGAUCAUGGCAUUUAAACAUCAUCCAAAUUUACUUGACAAGAAACGAUCGUUACGCAAGAAACUUCCACGCGGAUGAAUCGAGGCUGUUUUGUGUAACGUUUAACCUCUUAUUCGAUCUCAUCCACGCGUUGUUGUAAAGAAAGAAAUGUUUGUACGCGGUGUAAGUAACAAACUUUGUGCACGUGUUGCUUAUCGUUAUCCCGAAUUUCCAGUAGACUCGUACACGUUUGGACUUUAGUUAACAGGUUGAAUAGUAUUAAUUUGGACAUAGAAUAUUUGAUAUUUGUACUAUACUUUAAUAUUGAUUUAGAAUAAAAAAUACAUAAUUUAUACACAGAUGUAACAUAUAAAAGAAAAUGUACAAAAUUUGUUCACGUACAUUUGUGUCGUUACAGACAUGGCGAAUAGCAUGUAUGAUAUUUCAAUGCGCAUUCCAUGACACGCGUCAGUUUUUUAUAACCCUCAG